AAAGCAUACCGAGCUAGGCGACAUGGGGAGUAAGCUUCAAUGUUCCGUUAUCUUGUUCGUUAUGCUGAGUAUUUUGACCAAGAACAGGACCAGUUCGGAGAAGGUUCUGUUGAUUCCUACACCAGGGUUCGAGAGCCACUGGUUCGCGUUGGCAAAAAUCGGACAGGCAUUGGUGAACAGGGGUCAUGUCGUCACCGUGAUUCUUCCCCAGGACAUCGUAGAUAAAAGACGGUCAGAGAGGCCUGAUUUUUCAUUUGAGACCUUUCAAGACCACGGCACCGCGGCACGAAUCAAGGAACUUAUAGACCACAACUUUGCAAUGGCUGGACAGACGUCUGUUUUCCAGGUCUUACAAGCAGGUAUCAACAUGACCGGGACAAUGAACAAACACUGUGACCUACUACUGAGGGACAGUACCCUGGUGGAUCGCCUGAGGGCGCUACAGUACAGGGUAGUGAUUUCGGACCCCAUCUUCCCCUGUGGCGCGCUGAUGGCAGCUCGUGUAGACCCCGGGCUUCCUAAUGUCGCCGUCCUGCGGUAUGAUGUUUACUUUCAGGACGUUACUGCUACAGGAGUCCCUCUCCCUCUCUCCUACGUAACGUCGGUAGAAACGGAUUUAACAGAUCAGAUGACUUUUUCUCACAGACUUCAGAACGUAGGUUUUUACAGUCUUGUUCACACGGCGCGGCGCUGGCUGGCGGGGAGCGUGUAUGACGGUGUGGCGCGGGAGUACCUUUGGGAGGGAGAGACUACACAGAGCGUCAUGUCCCGUACGGCGCUGUGGCUGUAUCGGACCGACCUCGUGCUGGAUUUCCCCCGCCCCACCAUGCCCAACAUGGUCCAGGUGGGCGGGCUGAAUGUGGGCGAGAUAGCACCGCUUUCCGAGGACCUGGAAGCGUUCAUGCAGUCUUCUGGAGAGGACGGGGUGGUUGUCGUCAGUUUCGGCUCGGUGGUGAUGACUAUGCGGGCGGAACAGAUAGACAUCUUCGCCGCAGCCUUCAGCCGACUCCGACAGAAGGUGGUGUGGCGGUACACGGGACAGAAGCCGGCCGGGCUGGGCAACAACACCAAACUGAUGGCCUGGCUGCCUCAGAACGACCUACUGGGCCACCCGAAGACGAGAGUCUUUGUAACCCAUGCAGGAUACAAUGGCUUGUCCGAGGCCCUGCACCACGGCGUGCCCAUGGUGUGUCUGCCGCAGUUCGCGGACCAGCCCGGUAACGCCGCCCGGGUGGUGGCCAGGGGACUGGGGGUGAAGUUAGACAUCAGCGCGGUAACCACGGACCAGUUGUAUCAAGCCAUUCGUCAUGUUCUCACCAACAACAGCUACCGUGAGACGGCCGCCCGCCUGUCCCGUCUGCACCGUGACCAGCCCCAGUCACCCAUGGAGCGGGCCGUCUGGUGGAUAGAACACGUCAUCCAACAUGGCGGCCUGCCCCAUCUCCGCGCACGCGCCGUGGAGCUGCCGUGGUACCAGUACUACCUGCUGGACGUGGCUGUGUUCCUGCUGUCCGUCUGUUCAGCUGUCCUGGGGACCGUGUGGUGCGGCUGCUCCUUCGUUUGUAGAAGGUUAUGUUGUAAAACUGACAGCAAGCUCAAGUCACAGUAGCUCUCCGCGGUUGUAAUGCAUAAAAUUUUCAAUGAGUGCCAUAAGGCCACAGCAAGUGAUUUUUAUGGAUGACAUCAGCGCGCGCAUUAA